AUGGAUAUUGCUCAGAUUCUCUUAUUCGCGUCCCUUCUUCUUCCGCUUCGUGCAUCGGCAGGGGACUAUGAGAAUUCGAACGCCGGCGGUGGAGACACCAUCGUGUUCACCACUCUAGGACGAUCACGCUACGAAUUCGACAUAUUCGCCCUCUCCACGAGCCAUCCUCCAUCGAUUUCGGGAGAGCUCCGGAUCACCGAUGGAGAAUCCGUGAAUUUCAACGGAUAUUUUCCGUCUCCUUCUCCGGCGCUCAUCUCUCUCCUUCCCGACGAAUCACUAAUACAGCCGGAAGAUUCGUCUCCUCUGCAUCUCAUCUACGUCACCGAGAGAAACGGUACUUCUAGCAUCUACUACGAUCUAAUCUACCGCGGUGACUCCGAUUCCAAAAGCAAACGACGAUCGAUGUUAGAGACGACGUCUCGAGUCCAAGUUCCGUUGCUAUCCAACGCCAAUCGUCGGAGUGGCACGACUGUAAAUUCGUUUAAAGAUAAGCCUAGUUUGAGUGGUGAGUUUCUCGUCUACGUGUCAACACACGAGAACUCAGGUGAGCCGAGGACGAGUUGGACAGCCGUUUACUCUACCGAGUUAAGAACUGGGUUAACUCGGCGGUUGACGCCGAGAGGUGUAGCCGAUUUUAGCCCAGCAGUGUCUCCUUCCGGAAAUUGGACGGCGGUGGCUUCGUACGGAGAAAGAGGCUGGACAGGGGAAGUUGCAGAGCUUAGUACGGACAUCUACGUAUUCUUAACACGAGACGGAACUCACCGAGUCAAGGUGGUGGAGCACGGUGGUUGGCCGUGUUGGGUCGAUGACUCGACUCUGUAUUUCCACAGAAGAAGCGACGACGGUUGGAUUAGCGUUUACCGAGCCAUCUUACCUGAGAACGGACGGUUGACUACAAAGUCAGUGACAAUCCAGCGAGUCACACCACCGGGACUUCACGCUUUCACACCGGCCACGUCACCAAACAACCACGACUUCAUAGCGGUGGCUACGAGGAGACCAGGCAUUGAUUACCGCCACGUGGAGCUGUUUGAUCUCAAACGGAACGAGUUUAUCGAGUUGACUCGUUUAGUGGCGCCGAAGAGUCAUCAUUUGAACCCUUUCCUCUCCCCUGAUUCGUCCACCGUCGGUUACCAUAGCUGCAGAGGCGAGGCUAAUGGAAGGAGAAGUCCUCUGCUUUUUCUUGAGAACAUGCAAACCACCAAAACGGAUCUCUCGCUCUUUAGAAUCGACGGUUCGUUUCCUUCGUUCUCUCCCUCAGGUGAUAGAAUCGCAUACGUCAAAAUGCCUGGCGUGUACGUGGUGAAGCCGGAUGGUUCUGACCAGCGUGAAGUGUACAGCGGAAUGGCUUUCUCGACGGCUUGGGAUCCGGUUCGACCAGGAACCGUGUACACUAGCUCAGGUCCAACGUUCGCUACGGAGAGAACAGAGGUUGAUAUCAUCUCCAUCGACGUCGACGCAGCUGACAAAUCAUCUUCCGUGAGAAGGCUAACGACGAACGGGAAGAACAAUGCUUUCCCUUGGCCAUCCCCGGACGGGAAGUGGAUCGUGUUCCGUUCGGGCCGGUCCGGUCAUAAAAACCUCUACUUGAUGGAUGCUGAGAAAGGCGAAGCCGGCGGUUUACGGAGGUUAACAGAAGGUGAAUGGAGCGACACAAUGAGCAGCUGGUCACCGGAUGGAGAAUGGAUCGCGUUUGCGUCUGAUCGAGAAAGACCUGGCUCAGGUAGCUUUGAGCUGUUUCUGAUCCACCCGAACGGAACAGGGUUGAGGAAGCUGAUUCAAAGCGGGUCUGGUGGGAGAACAAACCAUCCUAUCUUUAGUCCGGACAGUAAAUCGUUGGUUUUUACAUCUGAUUAUGCUGGGAUCUCAGCGGAGCCGAUAUCGAACCCGCAUCAUUUCCAGCCGUAUGGUGAUAUCUUCACGGUGAAACUGGACGGCUCUGGUUUGAGGAGGCUGACGCAUAACUCUUAUGAAGAUGGGACACCGGCUUGGGCUCCUCGGUUUAUCGACCCUAGAGACGUGUUGUUGCGUAGGAAGAAUGAUUCAAGCUGCGCGUUCGAUGACUGUCACUGGCUCAACAAGUCGCCGACACUAAAAGGCCAAAAAAUCUCAUGUUAA